UUGAUUUUAGUCGGAUUUAUUCAAUUUUUUUUUUUUCAGAUUGGCCAGUUGACAGAAGCAUUUGAUAUCGCUGAACAGCCGGAACUUUUGCUGGACAAAAAGCAGAAAUUUGCUUAUGAUAAAUUAUGUAUAGCAACUGGAGGUGCGCCUAAGGUAAGCUGUAAGCACCCACUGGUCAUUUCGAUUAGGGAUACAGAAACCGUGGAUCGUUUAAGAAGUGGUAUCAAAGAUGCAAAACGAGUACUGGUGAUUGGAAACGGUGGUAUUGCCACGGAAAUUGUUUUAUUCCAAAGUAGCCAUAUUUCUGCCAAAGUGGCCAUAUUUUAUAGAUAUGAGUUGAAAAAUGUUGAAAUUAUUUGGGCUAUACGACAUUCGUCAAUUUCGGCAACGUUUUUUGACGAGGGAGCUGCUGAAUUUUUCAAGCCAAUGCUCUUGCACGGUCAUAGUCAGCCGCAACCGUCGAACAAAACAGCAUCGAAAAGAUACCAGAUUACGGUAGAUUCUGACAAAGAAACUGGUAUUACGGGUUGCGCACUGGGCCCCGAAUGGGCAUCUGCUGCUGAUAUCUCUGGAGCACUGAAUGAUCGACAGGUGCACGUGAUAUAUGGCGUUGAAAUGAAGAGACUGCUUCCGCCAGAAGAAGCCAGCUGUCAUUGUAUUUCUGGUUCCGAGCCUGGUAUUGAUUCCUCAAGCAAUAAUUGGCCUUUAUAUGUUGAAUUAAGCAACGAGCAAGUGAUCGGAUGCGAUCUGUUGAUCGAGGCUACUGGUGUACAUCCGAAUUCUGAUCUCUGGGCGCGUGAUUGUCCCGUGCUAAAGCUUGCGCAAGAUGAUGGGAUUAUUGUGAAUGACCACAUGAUGACUUCGGUGCCGGAUGUUUAUGCUUGCGGUGAUGUGUGCACUGCAGGUUGGCCUUGGGCGAAACAUUGGAUACAAGUUAUAUUUCUUGGUCGUUUUAAUGGUGAAGGUGUGGAGAAACCAUGGCGUAUCCUUAUGCGAAUAACAAAGGAUUUAGAAUAUGUGAAACUCAUCUUGACCGAUGGACGGAUUCAAGGUGCCGUAUUGGUGGGCGAAACGGAUUUGGAAGAAGUAAUUGAGAACCUGAUUUUGAAUCAGAUUGAUGUAAGUCAGGUAGAGGAAGGUCUUUUGGAUCCGGACAUCGAAAUCGCUGAUUAUUUCGACUGA